CGGAGCUCGUUUGAAAGCGGGCGCGAUGGACGCGAUGGAUGCGAUCGACCAUUCCACGGCACCCAAUGCGCUGUCGUCAUUGAUCAAGCUUCCGAUCGCGCAGCUAUCUCCAACCCUCGAACAGCUCGAGGAGAAAUGCAUUCUUGCGACCGUUAGCCUUGUUUGGCCGUAUUCGUCCUCGACCAAGUCUCUCAGCCUUUCUCUCGCCGAACCGGAUUUCCGCCUACGUCGGUCAAACGGACAAGUAAAGACGAUAUUUCACGGGCGCGUCGCAGAGAAGGUGGCGGAGUCACACGUCGGGAUCGGUGAUACCGUUCGUCUCGCGCUGAAGGGCGCAGAAUUUGUUGCCAAUGAUACGGCUACACAGACACAUGGGAAAAAUGUCGCGUGGGAUCUUCAAUUUGACAACGGCGUGUCAUUAGAGAUCAAUCGCUCCUCGAAGAAUCUGUCGACAGUGAUCAUCGAACAGUCCCCUCGCGCGCCGCAUGAUACAGAGCUGCAACCGCCCUCCACCCCCCGCGUGAUCUCGAUACACCCCGUUUCAGACACGGUGCCUGGGCCUGGAUCCUGGUUAUCGCCGGCAUUCGCACGGAUUGGGCAGUCCCCAUUUAAGGCAGUGCGGGAUUUUGCUUUCGAUCCAUUUGCAGAUGAGGAUGGGUUCAUCCCCGGCAAAGGCAGAAAACGGCCGAGAUACAGCUUCCAGAGAGAUGAAUGGCACAUUGCAGAUUCAUCGGCAAGUUCCCGAGAAGACGGAUCGGAGGAACUGGAAAAUGACUUGGAAUCGGAGCUUGAGGAUGAGAUGGAUGCCGAGGAUGACUUGGAGACCAUUCCGAAACCUCCCCACGAGAACGGUCCUACUGCCGAAAAUACCACCUCUGACGACCAGGCAAAAAUUGAAAAUCCGUUGCAAGAUGGUUCAUUCGUUUUCGUGAAGCCCUCUCUUGAUCUUGCUGGAAGGCUUUUCGGAAGGCCAGCGCCUCAAUCAAACAAUGCGCAGGCUGGACCGAUUGAUACUGGCCUGCAAGGUCUUUUUGGAGCAACCUUACAUCUCCCUACAGAUACGCCACAGCUCCGUCCAGUGCCAUCUCCAGGCCUCCCAAUCCCUUCGCCUAUCGUGUCCAAUAACAAUAGCGCCCAGGAGUAUUUUUCGCCAUUCCACGCGCAGGAGCAUACACAGACUAUCCAAUCUAUUGUUACUGGGACAGACGCCGAUACUACUGCCCUGGCACAGAGCUCCGUGGCUUACAUUUCGCCUACGCCGCAGUCGCAAGCAACCAUAGCCCCUGCAGAGCAGUUGGAAACAACACAAAAUGAGCGGCCCGUUUCAAGCCCGACAAUGCCGGGAGAACAGGAAUCACAUUUUGAAACAGUGACAGGAGAUGGGGCAGCUGAGAACAGCAAUGAACAGCCUGCAGACUCGACAGAAUUCUUCCAUUUGCCGACGUUCCAGGAACGUCCCGAGUUUAGCGAGCCGAAUGUUGAAAUGAGUGACGCUGGUGAUAGCCACACGGUGCCUGUUGCGGCGCCUGUUAACCGUCAAUCUGAGGAAAUCGACGAAGUUGAAGAAGCAAAAGAUGCAGAAAAGGACGUACUGCAUCAAGAACCCCCACCUGCGGCAGAGGAUGACUACUUCGACGAUGAAGGUGUUCAGGAAACACUGGCGCAAGAGGACCAUGCUGACCAUGAGGCUGCCGUGAAUGCUGCCCUCACGGCAGUCGACAUGGAAAUCGUCGAAAACGAAUCGGAAGCAAUUGAAAGUGAAGACGAACUCGUGGAGUCCUCUCUGUCCGCUGGGGAUCGUGCCGGCAGUCGCAGUUACGGUGAAGAGAGUGGUGAAGAAGAUGAAGCUCUUUACGAUGAGGAUGAUGCAGCAGACUCCAUGUUGGAAGAUGACGAGGAUGAGGGGGACUAUGACGAAGAGGCCGAGUACAGUGAUGAGGAGUAUCCCCGGGCUACUCAGCUUUCGCGGCCACAACAAUCCCAGCCUGAAUUUAUCGUGCUGGAUAGCGACAGCGAGGACGAGCUUGCUUCGGCUCAGCCAACCGGAACUCCUUCACAACCAACACAGCAAGUAAGCAUCUAUCAUCGCGAGUCAUUCAUUGAAUCUCCCGUCGCCGACUUUGAGGAGGAGGAGGAGGAGGAGGAGGAGGAGGAUGAAGGAGAGCUAGAGGGAGAGGAAGGGGAAGACUACGAGUCUGCUUCUGAUGCGACGGAAGAUAGAGCUCAAGUUGAAGAUGAUGAACGAGUGCACGACAGCGACAUGGAGGAUGAAUCUUCAAUGGACGACAUAGCACGCGACCAUUACACCAAACAGCACUCGAGUCGUGAAAAUUCCGUCGCGGAAGGAUCUUUCGGAGAAGAGCAUGACGAAGGCGAGGGGCCACGUGCAAACCAGGACGAUUUCGAUGCCAGGGAAAAGCUUGAAUGGGUUGUUGAUCUGGAUUCAGAAGAAGAUGAACCCGAAGAGGAAUUUGAAGAUGGGUCUGAAGAAGCCGAGGAAGAGGAACCCCAAGAAGACCAGCGAGCAAGUCCUGAUGAACGAGGCUCCCCUGGUCAUAUGAAACCAAAAUUUCACAGCCUGGAUGGAGCUGUUGACCGAGACCGGAUGCAAUCACCCGUCGAUGCCGAACAAGACCAGUUACGAGCCCCUGAAGAAGACAUCUUCUCCGAGCGUCAAAAGCAAGAUUCCGAUACCAAUAUUGAGCUCGUGAAAGGUGUAUCCCCAAAUGAUACUUCAAAACAGCUCCUGACUCCCGAUCAUACCCAAGAAGUUACUUCUGGUCGUCAAUCCACUCCAAGUCAAGAAAAGAUGGCGGUCUUGCCCACCCUGGGCGAGUCAGGACAUCCCCUGAGACUGAAUGUCGCAUUAACGCCUGGCUUGGAUGCUGCUGGUAGCACCGAGAAGGCGACGCUUGUCGAAGACCUUGUGGCCCCUGAACAUCCUGCAGUUGAGCCACUGCCGGACACGUUGCACACUCAACAGCACCACGAUAGUACUGACGGUGCGGAUGUCGCUGUGGCCACCACUGAAGAUGCUGAGGUCGACCGGAACAUCAUCAAGGCUUUGGACCUUGAGAAAGCGAAGCCUCCGCAGUUGGUGGUUAGCGAACCACCAGUUCCUGACCGUCACGCCCACGGAUUGCGCAGCAAACUGUCCUAUUUCGCCCCUCUUGCCGCACUCAUCGAUCACUACAAUGUCCUGGUGGACACAAUCUCAGUCGUCCACGAAGCAACUCCAAUUGCCAAGGGUAGCUCCGGCUCAAGAGACUAUUUCAUGACUAUCCAGCUUACUGAUCCCUCUAUGGCUGGCACCACCCUCCAAGCCCAGAUCUUCCGACGUACUAAAUCAGCCAUGCCAUCCCUAGCCGAAGGCAAUGCAGUCUUACUACGCGACUUCAAGGUCCGGAGUUACGACCACUCAAUCAUGCUCGUCAGCGUUGAAUCCAGUUCGUGGGCGGUGUUUGACGGAUCUGCGCCAGAGGCACAUAUGAGCGGCCCACCUGUGGAAUAUGGCUCGGAGGAACGUGCAUAUGCAUCCGGUUUGCGAAGAUGGUACACUGAAGUUGGUACUGCCCUUGUUGCCGACAAUCAACUCCAGGCAUCGAUUGAGAGAGACAGUAUGGACAGGGGAGCUACGCCAAGCGAUGUGGCAAUCAGCGAGGCAGGAAGUUUUGACUCGGGUGUCCGCGGCGACUCGGUCUCGUCUGCUCGAGGCUCGCGGCGCUCACGGCGACGCAACCGGCGGGUCACCAUCCAUGAACUUCGGGAUGGGACUCGCUAUACGGAAGUUGGCUCUCCCGGAAGUAGAGAAAGCAUACACGAGCUGCGGGACGGCACGGUUUAUGCUGAUCUAUGA